AUGACGUCUAAACAACAGGCUAAGGUAUUUUUGUUCGCUUCCAACACCCUGAGUGCCACUGUAGACGCAGAUUCUACGGCGUACCCUACGAGACAGAAGUUGGUGAUUGUUGGGGAUGGCGCCUGUGGUAAAUCCUGCCUGCUCAACGUGUUUACACAGGACGACUUUACCCUCAGCUAUAUUCCCACCGUCUUUGAGAACUACGUAACCGACAUAGAAGUGGAUGGAAAACAGAUCGAGUUGACACUUUGGGAUACUGCCGGCCAGGAAGAUUACGACCGUUUACGGCCCUUAUCUUAUCCCGAUACUGACGUCAUACUAAUGUGUUACUCUACAGACAGUCCUGACAGCCUGGCCAACAUCGCCGAAAAAUGGGCCCCGGAGAUCAACCACUUUUGUCCCAAUGUUCCUGUAGUUCUAGUGGCAAAUAAAAAGGACUUGAAAAAAGAUGAAGAGAUCAUUACUAAACUGGCAAAGCUGAACGAAAAGCCGGUGGACUACAUGGCUGGGGAAGACACUGCGGCAAAAAUUGGUGCUUUUUCUUUCCUUGAGUGUUCGGCGAAAACGCGAGAGGGCGUUAGAGACGUAUUUGAGCCUGCCACGAGAGCGACACUGUUGAAAAGGAAACGCCGUAAGAUCCAUCGCAGAUGUUAA